CGAGCUACGAGCCUAUCUGGGCCAGUUGCCCAGAUCCACUAACUAGAUCUGGCCAAGCUGCCUUUGUGAUUGGCCCAUUUCUCCCCCUUACUUGGUGAGAAACCAGGAAAAAAAAAAAACACAAAAACCAAAAAAAGCGACCAAAAAAGAAUGAUUUGUGAUGGUUCAGAUUAAUUAAGGAUGCCCGUUUCCUUCUCCUCCUUCUCUUCCCCCUCUUUCUCCCUCUCCUCUUCAUUCUUUCGCUUCGUUCUGCGUUUGUUUGCUCUUCUUGCUGGUGGUGGGCUGUCCUCGUGCGACCUUUGCGCACAUCCACUCCUUCGUUUCUAUUCAUCUGGUCCCUCCUUUCAUAUUCGUUUAUACGACUGUCUUUCCCUCGCCCAGCCACAGCAGAAGCAACGACUGUCCGACUUGUUCGCAGAUUAUACGGAAUAAUUGAUCGAUAUAUACGCUGUCCCCCGCUGAUUCCUCCGAAGAAAGACCCUCCAUUAUGUCUCUCCUUUUCGUCUUCGGCCUCUUGAUGGCCUGCAUCAGCUCGGUGAUGGCCCAGACCUUCACCGACUGUAAUCCUCUGAAUGAAACUUGUCCAGCUGCUCCAGCCCUGGGCACCAACCACACAUGGCAUUUCAACUCCACCGUUGAUGAUAACAUUUGGACAGUUACCAACGGCGAGCUCUCCUACACCGAUGAGGGGGCCGAGUUCAGCAUCAUCAAGAAGCUCGACUCGCCCACUCUGCAGUCCAACUUUUACAUCUUCUUUGGAAUCGUCGAGAGCCAUGUGAAGAUGGCCAAGGGCGGUGGUAUCAUCAGCAGUGUGGUCCUGCAGUCGGCCGACAGGGACGAGAUCGAUUGGGAAUGGGUCGGAUACAACACUAGCGAGGUGCAAUCCAACUACUUUGGCAAGGGAAAUGACACCUCGUUUAACCGGGGUGGAUACCACGCCCUCGAAAACGCUGAUACAGAGUUCCACAACUAUACCACCUACUGGUCUCAAGAGAAGCUCGAAUGGUGGCUGGACGGCAAUCUGGUCCGCACUCUCCUACCAGAGGAUGCCGUGGACGGUCAGAACUACCCCCAGACUCCCAGUAACAUCCGGUUUGGCGUUUGGCCUGCCGGUGACUCCGGAAACCGCCAGGGUACGAUCGAGUGGGCAGGUGGUGUGGUCGACUAUGAUGCCGGUCCAUAUACCAUGGUGGUCAAGAGUGUCCGUGCUGUGGAUUUCCAUACCGGCAAGGAGUAUGAAUAUGGCGACCACUCUGGAUCUUGGGAGAGUAUCAAGGUUGUUGAGGGUAACUCGACCACUGUCACUGAGCUCAACAAGCCCCCACCGAAAUCCCUGUCCGAGAAAUGGGCCGACCUGCCUACAGGAGCCAAGGUUGGCAUUGGAUGCGGUGCUGCCGCUGCAGGUGUCCUUGCCGUGGCUGCUUUCUUGAUCUUCUGCCUGAGACAGCGCCGCAAGGGCCGUCUGGAGCACGCCCUCGAAGACUCCAAAUUUAGCUCGGACCGCAACGAGAUGAACAACUUCCAGUCCGACUGGAAACAAAGCGAAUGGAGACACAAGGGCUACCAACCGGUGGAAUAGACCAACCCGUAAUAGAAAAUCAUCUUGUGCAUACAAAACAGAAUCAGAACAAAUACCCAGUCCCAUUCGACAACACGCAAACAGUCGGCCCUAUCUGCACAUACGUUUCCGGGGAUUGAUUAUGAGAAGCCAUCCUCGCGCCGUUCGGCAGGCCGAUAUGGCUCGGGGAUCGCCGCGAUUUACAUAUAUUAAACUCAAACUUCGGUUAUCUGGCGUCCGUGGGGCGAUGGGCUCCCUGAUUCAUUCAUGAAAUCUGUCUGUUUCCGACCAUUUCUUUUUGGUUAUGUUGAUACUUUGUCUUUGUAUAUACCAACCGCGUUCUUUGGUGUCAAUGUUCCUUUUUU